CCGGAGAUAUGGCGAUGUAGCAUUUCAUUGAUUUAACACUUCAUCUGUGCUUUUUUUCAGGGUUCGAGCAUCGGACGGUCGGAGAAGUGGGCCAGCCAGAGUCAGAACUACGAGCACUACUCAAUGACGAUAAUUUUCCAACGAUUUCCGCAUCACGUUUUUCCAUGGGGAAAUUGCAGAGCGUGGUAGUGAGCAAUAGCGGUCCCGACAAAGACUAUCGAAGCAGUAGUGCCACUGCCACAGAGAUUUGGACGGAAGGGGAAGAAAAUUUGACACUGAAGGGCUUUGCUAGUUCAGUAAUUGGAGGCUCCGAGAGUUCUCGCGAGCACAGCACGCCAUCACGGUACUGCACAUGGGGUAAGGGGCGGAGCGGGCUCGGGAGGCCACGAUCGUUUUUGCCUACUUGCACACAGUGCGCAAGUUGCUAGCGUAUGUUGCAAAUCUUUUGGCAGGAUGGCCAAAUCCGAUGGAUUCGAUACAUACGCAAAGAGGAAAAGGGAGGUAAAGAAAAUAACAGCGUUGGACUAAUCAGUUCUAGGUCAAGUUUAUCAUCUUUGCAACUGGCUCUAUCUUGACUGGAAUUGGCCUCGCUCGCACCUAACUCGGAUUGCGCUCUCCACCGCAUACCCUCGGCCAUCGGAUGCCCGACAUUGUCCUUUUUUCUUGUUAGAUUUUCCGUACCCAUACCCCAGUUCAGUCAUAAAUCGAGGUUAGUUAGUUCCAGGUUCCUGAACUGUUACAGUCAAUUGGCAACAAGAAGUGGCUACUGUGUACUUAAAAUUUCUUAGUGUGUCCCUGGCGAGCGAUAAGUGAAGCAUCUGAGCAUCCAUUCCCUUCCCCAACACUAUUCGCAUUCGCCCACGUGGACUCGGGCAUUUCCGGAAC